AUGGAGACUUGCACAGAGCUUAGCAUGGACACAAAGAUGAAGGCCAGCAUGGAGGCUCACAAGCUGUUUAUUCUUUUUCUGUUCCAGCAGCCAUGUUUGUACCUAAUUUCUGAGAAAAGUCCUCAUUUUUCUUCUUCAGGGGUUUCAGUGAACUCAGUUGCUUCUCUGCAGAAGAGAAUCAUUGGAGGUCAUGACUGUGAUGACAAGGAGCGUCUUUAUCAUGUUCGACUUGUGAUGCUCAGAGGACCGGUCAUGGACUUCUGUGGUGGAUCUCUGAUGCACUCUGAGGGGAUCUUGACUGCAGCUCACUGCUGGAAGUCGGAGGCAGGAUGGUAUCACACAGCAAUGUCAAAAGUUCAUCCACGGACUGCUAAGCAGGAUAAUCAGUUAAUUGAACACCCUCCUGUGACCUAUACUACUGGCAAUGACCAUGACAUCAUGUUGCUGAAGCUUCAGAGACCAGUGACAGAUGUCCCUCCUGUUCAGCUACCAAAUUGCAACAAUCGUCUUAAAAAAGGCGAUACAGUUCAACUGGCAGGAGAGGGAGGAAAGAGAACCGGCCCCAAUAAUGAGCGAUUAACCCCAACUCCUAUUUCAUCACAACUUAAGUGUGUCGACAUGAAAGUUGCUGCAGGGAUGCCCCCAUCCGUACAGUUGUCGGGGCAUAUAUUUGGAACUGAAGCACCCAACAAGGAUAUAUGUUUUGGCGACUCAGGUUCAGGAGUGAUCUUCAACAACAUGAUUUAUGGUGUCAUUUCUGUUGGUGAUGUACAACAGGCAUGUCUGAAUCCAGUUGGUGUCAUGGAUGUGUGUGAAUACCUCGAUUGGAUCAAACAAACAACUGGGCUUAAAUAAAACAAAAUAUGAAAUAAAAUCUUAUCAAAUUUCCUCUCAGAUACAAUUUUAUAGCUGUGUCUUGAUCAGUUUACUCAACGGGUUUCUAAAAUUAAGAUGAAUUGAUAGUUUUGUUUUCUCUCACCUGAUCUUGACCUCCCUAAUGGAGCAUUGUCUUUCUCAGAAAUUAAAAAUAAAUGAAUGAAAGAAA